UAAAUAUAAAAGCUCGGAAAAAAUUAAAACCUUAUCUUCUUCUCUACAAUAGGCUUCUCAUUCCACCUCACAGUCUCUCUCUCUCUCUCCCCCUUAUUUCUCUCUCUAAACUGCUCAGAUCCAGACCUCGGAUAUUUACCAUUUACCCCUCCCAUGGCGUACUCGUUCCCGGAGGAAGUUUUGGAGCACGUGUUCUCGUUCCUGAGCUCCGACAGAGACCGGAACGCCGUCUCGUUGGUGUGCAAGUCGUGGUAUGAGAUUGAGCGGUGGUGCCGCCGCCGCAUAUUCGUCGGGAACUGCUACGCUGUAUCACCGGAGAUCGUGAUCCGGCGGUUUCCGGAGCUGAGGGCUGUGGAGAUGAAGGGGAAGCCGCAUUUCGCGGAUUUCAAUCUCGUGCCGGAGGGCUGGGGCGCCUACCUGUACCCUUGGAUCGCGGCGAUGGCAGAGGCGUAUCCGUUCCUGGAGGAGAUCAAGCUGAAGCGCAUGGUGGUGACGGACGAGAGCUUGGAGCUGAUCUCCAAGUCGUAUAAGAAUUUCAAAGUUCUCGUGCUGUCGUCUUGCGAGGGUUUCACCACGGAUGGUCUCGCCUCGAUUGCGGCUAAUUGCAGGCAUCUGAGGGAACUAGAUUUGAGGGAGAGUGAAGUAGAGGACCUCAGUGGGCAUUGGCUUAGCCAUUUUCCUGAUAGCUGCACUUCUCUGGUGUCACUUAACAUGUCUUGUCUAGGUUCUGAGGUAAGUUUCUCAGCCUUGGAGCGACUUGUUGCACGUUCCCCUAACCUGAGGACUCUCCGUCUGAACCGUGCUGUGCCCCUUGAGAAGCUUGCUAACCUGAUUCGCCGUGCCCCCCAAUUAGUUGAAUUAGGUACUGGUGCCUAUUCAGCUGAAAUUCGAUCUGAUACGUUUUCAAACCUGGCUGAUGCAUUUUCAGCCUGUAAACAACUCAAGGCUUUGUCUGGUUUUUGGGAUGUGGUUCCUUCUUAUUUACCAGCUGUGUAUUCUGUCUGUUCUGGAAUCACUUCGCUGAAUUUGAGUUAUGCUGCCAUACCGAGUUCUGAUCUUGUCAAGUUUAUUUGCCAAUGCCAGAAUUUGCAGCGUCUUUGGGUUUUGGAUUACAUCGAAGACAGUGGACUGGAAGCUCUUGCUGCAUCUUGCAAGGAUCUGCAAGAACUUAGGGUCUUUCCUUCCGAUCCUUUUGGAGCAGAACCUAAUGUGUCUUUGACGGAACAAGGGCUUGUAUCUGUCUCCGAAGGCUGCCCCAAGCUUGAAUCUGUUCUUUACUUCUGCCGCCAGAUGUCAAAUGCCGCAUUGAUUGCUAUUGCAAGGAAUCGGCCUAAUUUUAUUCGAUUCCGACUCUGUAUCAUUGAUCCUCAAGCUCCUGACUACUUAACCCUCGAACCACUUGAUGCUGGUUUUGGGGCCAUUGUGGAGAACUGCAAGGAGCUGCGCCGGCUUUCCAUGACGGGCCUCCUCACUGAUCGUGUCUUCAAAUAUAUCGGGACCCAUGCCAAGAAAUUGGAGAUGCUUUCAAUAGCCUUCGCUGGGGAUAGUGACUUGGGCCUCCACCAUGUUUUAUCUGGUUGCGACAGCCUCCGGAAACUUGAGAUAAGGGACUGUCCAUUUGGGGACAAGGCUCUCUUGGCCAAUGCUGCAAAGCUGGAGACAAUGCGAUCCCUUUGGAUGUCUUCUUGCUCCCUGAGUUUCGGAGCUUGUAAGCUGCUCGCACAGAAGAUGCCUAGGCUCAACGUUGAGGUUAUAGACGAGAGAGGCCCACCCGAUUCAAGGCCUGAAAGCUGCUCUGUUGAGAGAGUCUAUGUCUACCGCACUGUUGCUUCCAGGCAAAGGCUCGACAUGCCUGAAUUUGUCUGGACUAUGGAUGAAGAUUCAUCCCUGAGAUAUUCCUAGCAGCACCGUGAUUGAAUUUUACCCGGUGAAUCUUGCUUAUGGGCGAAGCAGGUAUGCGUUGUACGUGCUCAUAAUUCUUGUUUUGUUUCAGCAAUGGUUUAUGUGAUUGCAGUGGCGGUGGAAUUGAGGUACUUACUUUGCCAUUGAAACGAGACAAGAAACGUGUUCGAGCUCGAAAAAAAGCCAUCAUUUUUCACUUUGGCUUGAGAGCUAUCUAUCUAUACAAUGCAAUCAGUUACAAAUAAUGAUGCAAUCUUCUAUGUUAGUUUAUUUGAUUUUGGAAGUAGUUAUGUAUACUAGUCACGGAUUUAUGUUUAUUUUCAAGCUUCAACUUCUCAUACUCGUAUGCUUCAUUUGGUAAUCAGUUUUUUGGCAAUAAAUUACUUUGUCACUACAAAA